AUGGAGCAUCAAGAGAAACAUCCUAAAGGACUUGACGAAACAGACCAGAAGACAGGUAUCAAAACAGCUCAGUCCAAAUAUAUCUCAUCACGUUCUCGACCCAGCCGGCCCAUCUCCCUACACCUUCUCAACCCUGCCAGCCCCACUCCCUACACCUUCUCAACCCUGCCGACCCCACUCCCUACACCUUCUCAACCCUGCCAGCCCCACUCCCUACACCUUCUCAACCCUGCCGGCCCCACUCCCUACAUCUUCUCAACCCUGCCGGCCCCACUCCCUACACCUUCUCAACCCUGCCAGCCCCACUCCCUACACCUUCUCAACCCUGCCAGCCCCACUCCCUACACCUUCUCAACCCUGCCAGCCCCACUCUCUACACCUUCGCAACCCUGCCAGCCCCACUCCCUACACCUUCUCAGCCCUGCCAGCCCCACUCCCUAUACCUUCUCAAGCCUGCCAGCCCCACUCCCUACACCUUCUCAACCCCGCCAGCCCCACUCCCUACACCUCAACCCUGCCAGCCCCACUCCCUACACCUUCUCAGCCCUGCCAGCCCCACUCCCUACACCUUCUCAAGCCUGCCAGCCCCACUCCCUACACCUUCUCAACCCUGCCAGCCCCACUCCCUACACAUGCAUUCUGUGUUUCUGA